CCCCCAACCAUAUCAGCGAAGCUCACACCUACGAGUGACCUCCUUUCUUAGCCAACGAAAAUGGUUUUCGUCAAUAGCAAGAAGUUUGCCUGUGAAUCUUGUAUAAAAGGCCACCGCUCUUCUGCCUGCGCGCAUACCGAUAGAGCUCUGUUCGAGAUCAAGAAGAAGGGUCGCCCAAUCUCUCAAUGCGAAACAUGUCGUACACUGCGCCAAUCAAGGAAGAUGCACAACAAGUGUAUGUGUACCUCAAAGGAGAAAAUUAGAGAGGAUGUGUUACCACUACCAGCUUCGGCUGGAGCGAAAGCCAAGAGGUUCAUCCCUAUUGCUCCUGCUCUACCUAAUGGGCUGAAGGACCUUCAAUCCUCUUCAAACUGCUCUAUCACUAUUCCGCCUGACAAGCGCCAGCGAGGUAUAUCACCCGGCUCCAAAUCCAACUCACCUUCCUCCAUGUCUGAUUUGGCUCACUGUUCCUUUCCAGUGACUUCUCUACUCAAUCCUUGUUCCUGCAAGAACGUUUGGAGCUGCAAAUGUCUCAAUAAACAAUCUACAUUGUCUCCUGGUAAUAGUCACUCGGAACUCGGAAUUCUGGCAGAAUUAGCAGCAUCAUGUUGCACCAACAUGUCUUCAACAUCAACCGGUCCGCGUAGUAUCUCCCCGGACCCUCAACCCCCCUCCAAGCGUGUCAAACACAGACAUCUCGAUUACCUAUCACCUCCUGUUGAACUUCCGCCCUUACUAUUCUCGGAUUCGUCGCUGGACUUUCCUUCGUCCUCAAAUGUUCCAGAUUUCGGCAUAAUACCCUCCUUGAGCGAAAUUAGCUCACUUGCGGGAUCUGGAUGUACGUGUGGCGUAGAAUGUAAUUGCCCCGGAUGUGUUGAACACAGAGGACACGAGUACGCUGAUACGACUGUUAGAAGCUGUGCCGAUGGAUGUGGGACUUGUGUCGAUAACACGCACGGCAUUGCACUUCCUGGUUCAGACUCGACAACUAGCAUAAUUGACCAGUUCUUCGCCCGAGCUGCGUCUCUACCGUCACCUCCCGCCAAUCGAAAGAUGGGUGUUGGAGUGCAACUCGAUCCUAUGAAUGUUAUGGUCUAUCCGAAGACCGCUAUUGAAACGAAGGAAAGGGGUGUACCGUUUGGGUUAAUUACUGUUCCUAAGCUUGAAUGUUGCGGUGGGAAUUGUGGCUGUCCAGAUGGGCAUUGCGGAUGUGGGAAGAAUUGUGAUGGUUGUUGUGCUGAGCACAAUCAUGAGAAGGAGCAGCAGGAGGGAAAUCGGAAGCAAGUAGGAGAGGCUGAGGUCCCGGUCAGAAGCUGUUGCAGUGGGAGGACUGCAGCGAUGUAGAGUUGGUGGGGGUGAUUUCUUUCUUUGUUCUCCACUUUAUCGUCAACGUUGUAUUUGUACUAAACCACGCCUUGUUUCGAGAUGAAUACUUGUAGAGGUUACUACCCUACAUCCAUAUAAAUACAUUAGUUGCUAAAUACAGAGUCGUGUG